ACACUGCUCGCAAAACCCGGAAAAGCUUUCCCGAUCCACUCUGCUAGCCUCCGUGCGCCUCCAGACAUGCGCAGUAGCCUCCCCCGCGGUGGCGGCGGCGGUGGCGGCCGUGGAGGCUGAGAGUCCAGAGCCGGACGUUCCGGCCGCUUCGGGCUGGCGGCUGGAGAGCGCCGGGGUCAUGUCGGCCCAGGGGGACUGCGAGUUCCUGGUGCAGCGAGCCCGGGAGUUGGUGCCGCAGGACCUGUGGGCAGCCAAGGCGUGGCUGAUCACGGCCCGCAGCCUCUACCCGGCAGACUUUAACAUCCAGUAUGAGAUGUACACCAUCGAGCGGAAUGCAGAGCGGACCGCCACCGCCGGGAGGCUGCUGUACGACAUGUUUGUGAAUUUCCCAGACCAGCCGGUGGUGUGGAGAGAAAUCAGCAUUAUUACAUCAGCAUUAAGGAAUGAUUCACAGGACAAACAAACCCAAUUUUUAAGAAGUUUAUUUGAAACUCUUCCUGGUCGGGUCCAGUGUGAAAUGUUACUCAAGGUCACGGAACAAUGCUUCAACACGUUAGAACGAUCAGAAAUGUUGCUUCUACUUUUGAGGCGCUUCCCUGAAACGGUGGUGCAGCAUGGGGUUGGCCUUGGGGAGGCACUGUUAGAGGCUGAAACUAUUGAAGAACAAGAAUCUCCAGUGAACUGCUUUAGAAAAUUAUUUGUUUGUGAUGUCCUUCCUCUAAUAAUUAACAACCAUGAUGUUCGAUUACCUGCCAAUUUAUUAUAUAAGUACUUGAACAAAGCAGCUGAAUUUUAUAUCAAUUAUGUCACUAGGUCUACUCAAAUAGAAAAUCAGCAUCAAGGCGCCCAGGAUACAUCUGAUUUAAUGUCACCUAGCAAACGUAGCUCUCAGAAGUACAUAAUAGAAGGGCUGACGGAAAAAUCAUCCCAGAUCGUGGACCCCUGGGAGAGGUUGUUUAAGAUUUUGAAUGUUGUUGGAAUGAGAUGUGAAUGGCAGAUGGAUAAAGGAAGACGAAGCUAUGGAGAUAUUUUGCAUAGAAUGAAGGAUCUCUGCAGAUACAUGAACAACUUUGAGAGUGAAGCACAUGCAAAAUAUAAAAACCAAGUGGUGUAUUCCACCAUGCUGGUCUUCUUUAAGAAUGCAUUCCAGUAUGUCAACAGCAUACAGCCGUCUCUCUUCCAAGGUCCUAAUGCCCCUAGCCAAGUUCCACUGGUUCUUCUUGAAGAUGUAUCGAACGUGUAUGGUGAUGUAGAAGUUGAUCGUAAUAAACACAUCCAUAAAAAGAGGAAACUAGCUGAAGGAAGAGAAAAAACCAUGAGUUCAGACGAUGAAGACUGUUCAGCGAAAGGAAGAAAUCGUCACAUUGUAGUCAAUAAAGCCGAACUUGCUAACUCCAUUGAAGUGUUAGAAAGCUUUAAAUUGGCCAGGGAGAGCUGGGAGUUGCUCUAUUCCCUAGAAUUCCUUGACAAAGAAUUUACAAGGAUUUGCUUGGCCUGGAAGACGGAUACUUGGCUUUGGUUAAGAAUCUUCCUCACUGAUAUGAUCAUCUAUCAGGGUCAAUAUAAAAAGGCGAUAGCCAGCCUGCAUCACUUAGCAGCUCUCCAGGGAUCCAUUUCUCAGCCACAGAUCGCAGGGCAGGGGACCCUGGAGCAUCAGAGGGCGCUCAUCCAGCUGGCGACGUGCCACUUUGCGCUAGGGGAGUACAGAAUGACAUGUGAAAAAGUCCUUGAUUUGAUGUGCUUCAUGGUACUCCCCAUUCAAGAUGGAGGCAAAUCCCAGGAGGAACCCUCAAAAGUAAAGCCCAAAUUUAGAAAAGGUUCGGAUCUGAAGCUCCUGCCUUGUACCAGCAAGGCUAUCAUGCCAUACUGCCUGCAUUUAAUGUUAGCCUGUUUUAAGCUUAGAGCUUUCACAGACAACAGAGACGACAUGGCACUGGGGCAUGUGAUUGUGUUGCUUCAGCAAGAGUGGCCACGGGGCGAGAAUCUUUUCCUGAAAGCUGUCAAUAAAAUUUGCCAACAAGGAAAUUUCCAAUAUGAGAAUUUUUUCAAUUACGUUACAAAUAUUGAUAUGCUGGAGGAAUUUGCCUACUUGAGAACUCAGGAAGGUGGGAAAAUUCAUCUGGAAUUACUACCCAAUCAAGGAAUGCUGAUCAAUGUUUGGGGAUAAAGAUUACCUUUGGAUACGGAAGCCCAGGUAACCCCUUUUGUAUUGUGAUUUGUUUUCUAGACUUUGAAACUGGAUAUACAAAUACACCCUGAAUCAAGCUUUUUAGUUAAUUCCCAUCAGCAGUCACUAUACGAGUUAAUAUAGAGACAGCCAUAGUGGAACCGAAGUCUGUAUACAUAGGAUUAAACCUACAGAUGAUUAUCACUGUACCUAGGUAAUGCCUAACUGUUAGUGCAGAUGUGAGAGAUGGAUUGUCAAAAAAUCAACAGUUGAACUUCAGACUCCAUUGUACUGAACCUUUCUUCUUUUACCAGUUUUUACCGAGCUGAAGAGUGAUGUAAGUCCAUGUGGACAAACCCUAGGAUGAGGAAUGACAGCAAGGGAGUGUUGGGUACCAGCUAGUAUCACAGGGAAGAGUGUUUGGAGUUGUUUGUGUAAAGGAUACCCAUCAUGCAUUUCUAACUAGUGAGGGAUAACUCCAAGGUCUCCCACCUUGAUCAAUAUAACCCUUAAUUUCUUCUAACUUUCUAUAGAAGACAAGCCUCUUAGGAAACCUGCAGUUGCAUCAGUUUGAAAGCAGGAAUAGGGAUUAUUCCCUAGUAAUCUGACCUUGUACGGAUUCGCCCAGUCUUCACUGUGUGAAUCUCAAGGUUAAUUACUUAUGCCUGAAUUAACAUGGUAGAAAGCACACUGCUUAAGCCAGAGAGCUCUUCCUAACUGAGGAAUGGUUGGAAUCUUUAUUAAACAAUCUAAAUUCCUUUUCCCUUUGGGUUCCAAACAAGUUCUCUGAAGCCAUUACAGACCUUUUGGGUUGUCGCUCCAGAUGAGUGGCAGAGAUGUUGUGAGCAGUGUACACUUCUGCCCGGGGGUAAGGCUGUGAGUCUGCCCUAGCUAUGGCAUCUGGGAUGCAAGCAGGUACAGUACCAACACUGAGGGCACCUGGUGCUUCACUCAAAGGAGGAAGAAGCUCUUAAUCUGUUACACAGACCUUUUGCUCUUAAGUAUUUUGAAAUAGAGAAAUGUUUCUGUGCUGAUAAAUGCAGUAUCUUAGUUGUAUUAGAGUGGAUUAAAAUGGAAAACAAUGUCCUACUUAUACUCUGAAUAGGGUGGAUAAUAAUGUUCUAUGAGGUGAUCACCAGCUAAUACACUAAAUCUUUGUUGUUACAGAAUUCUGCACAGCCAUGGGUCCCGGACUCUUAUUUUCCCCCAUCUGUUCUCAAUACGUUUUUGAAAUUGAAACUCACCCCCUUUUUUUUUUUUUAUCAAAAACAUUGCCAGACUAUUUAGUCCUCUUGGAAGGGCCUCUCCGGUGGGGCUUCAGUCCUGUUAAAGAUGGUUACGAGACAUCACCAGGUUGAAUGCUGGGACUGGUGUACCGUGAGAAGAGUGGAAAGUAAAGAGGCUGGCUUUGAAAAUGUGUCUUCUCAAAGGCUGCCCCUACUCCCUAUUGCCAUUCAGCUGCAUUCCAUCGUCCUCUUCCUCACUGGUCGCUUUUUAUACCACAUCAAAAGGGGGCUGAGCUCUGGGACCAGGAACUGAGACGCCUCUGGACACGCACCAGCAGCAGCGGGUGCAGUGAGGGCCGGCUAGCUUCUCC